UGGCUCAGGCGCUGCGGAGGGAGGGGGCGGCCCGACCCGGCCCAGCUCUGCCCCCGGCCGGCCCGACCCCGGCCCCGGCCCCGGCCCAGCCCUUAUCUGAUCCCAGCUCGGGGUUUAAGAGUCUCGGCCCUGCCGGUCGCACGACUCCGUUCCUUAUUCCUGGCCUCCCCGUCCGUCCGUCGGUCCCGCUGCCCCGCGGCCCAACUGAGGGGACACUUUACCCUGGACUUAAGAUGACAUCUGUUGCCAAGGUGUAUUACAGUCAGACCACUCAGACAGAAAGCCGGCCCCUAAUGGGCCCAGGGAUACGACGGCGGAGGGUCCUGACAAAGGAUGGUCGUAGCAACGUGAGGAUGGAGCACAUUGCUGACAAGCGCUUCCUCUACCUCAAAGACCUGUGGACAACCUUCAUUGACAUGCAGUGGCGCUACAAGCUUCUGCUUUUCUCUGCAACCUUUGCAGGCACUUGGUUCCUCUUUGGCGUGGUGUGGUAUCUGGUAGCUGUGGUCCAUGGAGAUCUGCUGGAGCUGGGUCCCCCAGCCAACCAUACUCCCUGUGUGGUACAGGUGCAUACACUCACUGGGGCCUUUCUCUUCUCUCUUGAAUCCCAGACCACCAUUGGCUAUGGCUUCCGCUACAUCAGUGAAGAAUGCCCACUGGCUAUUGUGCUGCUUAUUGCCCAGCUGGUGCUCACUACAAUUCUGGAGAUCUUCAUCACAGGGACCUUCCUGGCCAAGAUUGCCCGGCCCAAGAAGCGGGCUGAGACCAUCCGUUUCAGCCAGCAUGCGGUCAUAGCUGCCCACAAUGGGAAGCCCUGCCUUAUGAUCCGUGUUGCCAAUAUGCGUAAGAGUCUCCUCAUAGGCUGCCAGGUGACAGGCAAACUGCUUCAGACCCACCAGACCAAGGAGGGUGAGAACAUCCGACUCAACCAAGUCAAUGUGACUUUCCAAGUCGACACAGCCUCUGACAGCCCCUUCCUCAUUCUACCCCUUACCUUCUAUCAUGUGGUAGAUGACACCAGUCCUUUGAAAGAUCUCCCCCUCCGCAGUGGUGAAGGUGACUUCGAGCUGGUGCUGAUUCUAAGUGGGACAGUGGAGUCCACUAGUGCCACCUGCCAGGUGCGCACUUCCUAUCUGCCAGAGGAGAUCCUUUGGGGCUAUGAGUUCACACCUGCCAUCUCACUGUCGGCCAGUGGCAAAUACAUAGCUGACUUUAGCCUUUUUGACCAAGUUGUGAAAGUGGCCCCUCCCAGUGGUCUCCGUGACAGCUACGGAGACCCAGAAAAGCUCAAGUUGGAGGAGUCAUUAAGGGAGCAAGCUGAGAAGGAGGGCAGUGCCCUUAGUGUGCGCAUCAGCAAUGUCUGAGGCUGGAGUCCCACUUCCCCAUCCCUCUGGUCUCUUUUCCUCUCUCUUUUGGCACCCUGGGUAAGGGAUCCUACCCAGGUUUACUGGAGAGUCCCAGAAGUACCCAUCUUCCACUCCCUCAUCUUAACCCAAUGGUCUGUGAGUAGUCUCGGCCAACUGGGGUUCCAGUCUUCCUCCCACUGUCCUCUUUCACCUCCCCCUCCCUCACACCUCAACACACAUCUCCUUUAAGCCAGGAUUGGGGAAGAAGAGGGAGGAUUAGGCUGAAGUGGCUCAGAAGGCCUCAGCCAUGCUUGGAGAGUCACAUCAGGAGGGCCAUGCAGUUGGAUGAAGAGAUUCCCUCUGGCCACCAUCAGCUAGUUUGGUGACUUGAGGCUGGAGCCCCCUUCCUUUCUAUUUCUCUAGAAAAUUUCCUAAGUCAAGACUCCUCUGAUGGUUGUUUUCAGGGGUGUGCCCUGAGAAAUAUAGGAAUUAGGAAUCAAUAUGUUCUGGAGUCUCUAUCAACUCUUAUAGAAGGAAGCUAGGUUUUUUCAUGGUAUCAUAUCCAUUUUAGCUUCUGACCUAAACCAUUCUUCACCACUGUUUUCCUCUAGUUUCUCAAAUGGACUCUCUCUUAAGAUACCCAAUUCUCUCAUAGAUGAUUUUGUUCCCACAGAAUUGGUGUUGAGCUGAGAAACAUAGAACACAGAUACAACCACC